GUUGGUGUGUCUUUGGGUCUGAUCUCGACCAGACGGGUAGAAUCUGGGAGGAGAAGAAGCGGAUGGGGUUGGACCUUACCUACGGAACGGCUUUCAAUCUGAGGAGAGAUCUCGAUGCCCAAAUUCUGUCCAGAUUCCAAAGACCUCCCGGAGCAUUGCCCUCUUCCAUGCUAGGAUUUGAGGCUCUCACUGGUGGCUUGGAUGAUUUUGCUUUUGAAGAUUACCUUAACUUGCCACAGGACUCGGAAACAUUCAAGCCACUGGACAUGCAUCACGGGAUGGAAGUUCGCCUUGGCAUAUCAAAAGGACCUGUUUGUCCAAGUUUCAUCUGAAGUUAUUGUUCUAUGUUGGGUGACACUGGCAACGUUUGCUUCAUGAAACAUGUUAUGAGACGCCAUUUGAUAUUUUGAACUUGUUCGACAGUGACAUUGAGAUUUAUCUAAAUGUACUUGAACAAGUGAAAUGAUGAAUCAGGACUUCUUGCGCUUGCAUUAGCAUAUAUGAAAAGCUGCGAGAUUCAUAUGUAGAAACUUAUUGGACGAGUACACAAAAUGAUAGAUUGAUUAAUGGCCAUGAGCAGCUACUUGGGAUGAAACACUCUAGCUAAGAUAGUGCUGGCUCUCGACAGUUCGUUGCAGGGAGAUUUGAGCCUAUGUGAAACGGCUGCAUGGUUAAUGUCUGGGCUCUGCUAUAAUAACUCAUUUUUUCUUUCUAUGAAUGGAGAAAUACGUGACCUUAAUUAUGGUUGUCGUUGAAGGAUUUCCUCUCGACAAGUACAAGCCAAAAUCACUCAUUACCAAGUCUCCAAAGCUUCUUGUAAUCUGUACAUGGCUUCCAAAGCUCAACACAUUUGGCAUACUACGUUCUCUAUAGGAUUCAUCGUUGCCAUCCGACAGUUUCUGGCACUUUCUACACCAAAAAAUGUUCUUGUCUGUUCUAAUGGAUCUAUUGAUGUUCUUGUCUGUUCUAAUGGAUCUAUUGUCUAACUAGCGUGGCUUCUCCUUUAUCAGGCCACGAUCCUCUCUUCACACACAAACGAGAGCGAGAGAGAGAGAGAGAGAGAGAGAGAGAGUCCCAAAGCAGUAAUGGAGGUGGUGAACAACGAGUUUGAGGUGGGCGAAUGCAAGGGCCAAAAGCUCGUUGACGGAGAGCAGAUGCCGCUGGUGCUCCGCCCAGCCGAAGCCCAAAAGCGAGGCCUAUGCUCACUGGUGGCAACGCUCAAGGCCAACAAGGUGUGGUUCGAGGAGAAGCUGCUGCAGCACAGCGCCGUCCUCUUCAGGGGAUUCGACGUGCGCGACGCCGAGGGCUUCAACGAGAUCGUCGAUGCCUUCGGGUGGGACGACAUUCGCUAUGUCGGCCCUGCGCCAAGGACUCACGUCCACAAGCGCGUGUGGACCGCCAACGAAGGACCCCUGUCCGAGUUCAUAUACUACCACCAUGAGAUGGUUCUGAUCAACGAAUUCCCCACCAAGGUGAUCCUUUUCUGCCAAGUGCCGCCGCCGGAGGGCGGUGAGACGCCCUUCGUGCCGAGCUUUCGAGUCACGGAGAGAAUGCUUGAGGAGUACCCCGACAACGUGAGGGAGAUGGAGGAGAAGGGACUGCGAUACACCUUCACUGCCGUCAGCAAGAACGACACCACCUCCAUGAGGGGAAGAGGAUGGGAGGACGCCUUCGGCACAUCCGAUCCGGUCGAAGCAGAGCGAAGGGCCAGGGCACUGGGAAUGAACAUCGAGUGGCUCCCAAACGGCGGGGCGACGACCAUCUUGGGGCCGCGGCCCUUGACUCGGGUCUUCCCGGGGAGGAAGGCAAGGCGCAUGUGGUUCAACACCGUCGUCGGCAUGCAUGGCAAGGAGACCAGCUCGGCGACCAUGGCGGACGGGUCGGAGAUACCCGAACACGUCGUGAAGAGGUGCGGCGAGAUCAUCGAGGAGGAGAGCGUGCAGUUCAAGUGGGAGGAAGGGGACGUGCUCUUCUUGGAUAAUCUGGCCUUGCUCCAUGGGAGGCGGCCUUCGCUGCCGCCGAGGAAAGUCCUCGUUGCCACCUGCAAGUGAACUGGUCCUUCCAAUAGCCAACAAUAAAAGAUCAACUGUGUUAAGCAUCAA